AUGAUGGAUAAUUUGGUCGAUAAGCUGAUUGAGGAACUGCAGAAGCUGGUUUUGCCUUCAACGACGGUUCCUCCGCCUGCCAAGCUUUCUCGAGCGGAUGAUUUCGAUCGUUGGGAGUCCCGCAUGCAGAAUCUGCACAUCUCCGAAUUUCACGCCGAGGCUGAGUCGUUAUAUCAC